AUGGCCAACAACGCAAAUUCACAUGCUCUUGAUUUGCUGCUCCAAGAUUUAUGUGAAAAUACGACAAUUUUUGGUGGCAAGCUCAAUAUUCUUGGCGGAGAUUUUAGACAAGUUCUACCAGUAUUACCUCAUAAAUCACAGAGACAAGCUGUUGAAGCAAGAAUAGUGACUUCGUACGUCUGGACAGCUCUGACAAGAUUUAAACUAAAAGAAAAUCAGAGAGCUCAUGAAGACCUAGCAUUUAGUUCAUUCUUGCUGUCUCUUGGAAAUGGUGAAUUACAAAAAAGUGAGAGCAAUUAUGUCAAACUACCCGAUGGAAUGAUUCAACACUUGCUUAUGAAAGAAGAUCCCGUUUUGAAGAUUAUAAAAGCAACAUUUCCAAAAGUUGAAAAGGGAACAAUAACAUCAGAUAUCUUUGCAGAUAGGGAAAUCUUAACACCUAUGAAUGACGAUGUUGAUUUGGUGAUUACAGUCUUAAUAUAUCAAUUUCCGAGAUAA